CAAAACACAGAACUGUGCCACUGUGGUUUAGUUUUGCUGGCACGUUACCGGGCGUCCUACCGCUAGUUUUAUUGAAAUGACUUUAUUGUGCCGGAAAAUUUUGUGACAGGAUUCCUAAACCUGGUUCAGUAUGUUUGUUGUUUGAUCGGUUGAUUGGCAAGCCGUUUCUGCUUGUGUGCGUUUUGAUCGUCGCUCUUCAUCCUUUCACUCCGGAAAGACUCGCCCGUUCUACAAGGGCUGCCUGCAGCCAUGACGCAGCGGCGGCUUCCGAGCACGACCGCGACUGCCCGCGAUGUAAAAAGUGUUCCAGCCACGGUUGCAGACAAGCAGCUGAUGGGGGAAGAACACUGCAGCCUGCAAGUGGCCUUCGAGGAACUGCAGUGUCACCUAAGACAGUCGCGGGACGAGAUCGCCCGCCUUGAACGUGUCAAGGCAAAGCUUCGCGCUGAAGUCGAGGCAAAAAACAUUAGCCUGGGCUACCUCCAGCAGCAGCUAGACAAACGUGACCAAGAGGCAGAAGACUUGAAAUCAAAGCUCGAGGAGGAGAGCCAACGGAACGCUGACCUUGCACAGCAGCUUGCAGACGCCCAGAAAUCUGGAGGCUUUAGCCCAUAUCCUCUGCCACAGUCCACAAAGAAGCAGCCGUUUCGCUACCCUGUGGAUGUGGGCCUACAGGAUUUGGACCAAGAAGACCCUGCUGUGUGGACAUUGGACGGCAUGUCACAGUUGUUGAUGGUCCGAAUGCAGCAGGAGAUGAAAAGCUUGGAAGAGCUGGGUGGAGAAGUCAUCGAAGAUCUACCGUCAGGCGAUGUGUCGAGGACACCCCUGCUCGGCCACGACCAACCGCGUAAAGAAGCAGCAAAGGGUGGAGAUGAAGACACGAGACAGCAUGACAGCAGUCUGCAAGCUGCAAUGCGGCUUAUUGCCACGCUGACUGCACAGCUUAACACUGCCAGGGAGAAGGUGCUGGGCCAGAGGGCAGCACUGCUCUCUACUCUGGCAAGGCUUAGAGAUAACCAGCCCAAGAGGCAAGGUGAACUUACCAGCCGGCCGGCGUUUAGCGGAUCAAGACCUUCGGAUGAAAGUUUUCGUGUCUACUUCACGCAACAGCUUUCUGCAAGCAGCCCCAAUACUGAAGUGUCCCAAGGCACACUGCCAGAAGAGGAGCUCGAGAGGGUUUGUCCUAUCUGCGAGGUCCUCUUCCCGCGGCGAUUCUCGCAGGACGACUUUGAAGGUCACGUCCUGGAGCACCUUUCAGGGCAUCCACUAGUGCUUGAUCCAGCACAGUAGACCUCGAAAGGAGAGAUUUUCUUGUUAUCAGUGCAUAGAAAUUGUUGGCCAUGUAUGUUGUCUGCUGUGUGUGUGGCGGUUGAGCACGCAGCUAAGCUCAUGUCACACAGGUUCAGCCAGUCAGAAAACAUGUUUAAUUUAACUGUCUGGCACUCAACACUGUGCAUAUAGCCUGCAUGGUUUGAUUUAACGAGGAACACGAAAUAUAUAAGCGUUACAACAAUACCUUGAUUUGUGCAGAUUGGUUGAUCGUGACAGCGUUCAUAUAUAUAAUAGCACUAAGGACGAAGACGAAAAAAAACACAUACGGCAGGACUGGCACCGAUUUUAGCACCAGUCCUGCCGUAUGGGUUCUUUUCAUCCUCAUUCUUAGUGCUGUUAGGUGACCGCUACAAGUGUUGAUUGGAGACAUUGCAUCAUGUGGUGCAUAUAAACUCAAUAUGCACCGUCAGUAUCAAAAGUUUAUCGAACACAUUAUCUGAGAAAACGUAGCGCUGCUGAGCUUGAGUUGACGGGUGCGGCCCCGACCACAGUGGCCGCAUUUCGAUAGGAGCAAAAUGCAAAAACGCUAGUUCUUAGAUUUAGGUGCACGUUAAGAACCCCUCAGGUGGUCAAAAUUAAUCCGGAGUCCCCUGCUACGGCGUGCCUCAUAAACAGAUUAUGGUUUUGGUACGUAAAACCCCAGAAUUUCAUUAAUUUGAAUGUAAGAAAACAUUCAAUUUCAGAGCAGUUUACGACCGUUGCCAGUAAAACUAUACAGCACUAUGUUGUUCACACACUAGUGCAGGUUCAAAAUCCGAAUACCUGUGUACCAAGCCUUGUGCCCAGGCUGCAAAAAUAUUUGCAAUUUUCUCAGAUUGCACAGGCCACAAACUUUUGAUACUGACUUUACAUUAAAUGAACCAUAUAAAGUGGAAGCGUCAUCCCAGAUUUCCAUCUAGUGUUCCCAUUCAAAGAACAGACAAAGCAGAACUGCUGUCAUUGGGCAACAGCUCAACUGAGCUUAAUGAAUUUUACAUUUUACAGCAUUUAAACGAAAAAUACAAAUCUAGUGACUACAUGAAGAGAUGUCAUUAUUUAAUCCUCCUGUUACGUUUUUAAAAAUUGCAAAACCUGUAAAUCGUGUAUAAUUCCUUGGCUGAACAAUGAUAAAUAUCAACUGUUAAGAAACUACAGUUGUCAGAGCAUUUAUAUUUUAAAGCACAUUAAGCAACAUAUGCAGUCCGGUGUUUUACUUCAGUAUCUUCUGCCCACAGUUCAUGUGCUGAGCUUCUCAGAUGGAACUCUGUUCGUUUCACAGUUUCAAAGCGCUUAUUGCAGACAUGAGCCGCAAGCACACUAUUAGACUCCAAGAAAAGAAAGAAGCUGAGUGGAUGCAUCAUCACAGUCAGCUCGGUAGCAGAGCAAAGGUUACAUCCUGCAUGUUGCAGCCAACACAAGUAGUGUAUGCGCGUGCAGUUGCAUUUACAUUUAACGGCUACAUAUUGCCUGUGAGAAUCGUGCAUUGGUACAGAGAAGACUGUAAACGCUGAGCUGAGGCAGUCUGUUUCUGAAAACUAUGACUGCUUGACGUGGCCAUUGCCUUUCGUCUCGCUUCGCUUGCUGUUUGAAAAAGAAAGUGACAAUUUUUUAUUAUUGGCAGUGUUUAAUAAAUUUACUCAAGGGCGUUAAUCAAAAUUAUGCUCCGCCUACUGCAGCGGCUACAUUUCAAGAACGCCGAAAUGCAAAAACACUUGUCUGCAACACUUUGGAUGCGCGUUAAGGAACCAGAGUUGGCCAAAAUUAAUUGGGAGCCCCUCACUACAACAGCUCUCGUAGCCUCUUGUGUUGCUUUGGAUGGUUAACCUCAUCAAUCAUUCAAUCAAUCAAUUGAAAUUAUGCUUCCUAUGACUUUUUCUUUCAUAGUAAGUUUUAUCAGAAUCAGUUUUGUGGUUGCCCAGUGAAAGCAUUUUUGUGUUCCCCUUGUGCUGUUACAUACAAAUUGGUAAACUUUUUUACUAACAAGUCAAUGUUGGUACCAUGAAAAGUAUGUGAGGUUUAUCUGGCUAAUUCCCUCAGUUCCACCCAUUUUUGGAGAUACGAAAUUUUUGCGAAUUUAACGCUAAUGAUUUGUUUGAUCCUUUCAGCAUGCAAACUUCUGAGAAGGGCUCUUUUACAGCACUUGAGUGCGAAAAUUAAAUUUGAGCUUAAGGUGAAGCCUUCUUUCAAAGGACGCGGAUAUAGAAAAAACACAUGCUUGCAGGUCCCAAUAGCAGCUUGUACAGUACAAGCUGUAUACUUAGCGAGUUGCUUCACAUGUCUUCUGGACGUUCUUUUGUAUUUAGGACAUUUACUAGCCAUGACAGAGUGGCAUUAGCCACAGUGUGAAUUUGACAGGGUAAAGGGCUGUGCAAUGGUUGCUGGAUAGCAAUUGCAAGUGAGUGCAGUUGUUAAUUUGUUAGUACAGGCACAGGCGAACGAAAUUCAAUAAUGUAAAUGGCAUGCAUUUGGAAUUUGAGUAUCGUAUGAUGGUGUGAUGUGAAUAAUUUUCGCUAAUCUUUAAAUUACAUGUCCUACUUAUAUCUAUAGUUUGUUACAUCCUGUAGCAUUUACUCUUCACUGGUGCCCAAUAUAUAAGUACUUCCUGCAUAAUCAUGUUUUGUUUCUUGCUGACUGUGCACAUUGACCAAAUAGGCUAUUAUUUAAAUUGGUCCAUCUUUGCCCUGUUCACAUGGUGUAGGCAGAUGCAGAGAGCUGCUCUCUGCAAUGUUGUUCAUGAUGGAAAUACCAUGUGUGUCUAGUACUUUUCUGGCAAACCCAGAACUCUGCCCGGUGCUCAUUGAAUGCUUCGGGAGAGAGUCAGCUUUAUUGCACGGGGCAAAUCUGCAUUAACGUGUUGGUGCUUUCAAUGUCAUUGCAGUGUUUUCACAACAAAGAUGUUCCGCUGUCGAGCAUGUUUGAUGGCUUAUUGCAGUGGCCACAUAUCAUUGGGCACAAGAUGUAAGGAAAAACAAAUCCCUGUAUACUAAGCUUUCAGUGUUGAUUUACGAGCCCCCGGUUGGUGAGGAAUAUUGUGGAGCCUACCACUCUGGUGCCCCUCACAGCUCUCUUUGCAGCUUUGGGACAUAACUACACAAGGUUAUAGCAGGACAAUUUAAUGGCAUUCUGCCAACACAUACAUUGAACAUGGUAAAUUAACUUGGCUUUGGGAUGUAAAACUUCAUCAGUUAAAAAAUUUAUUUUAGUUUUGUGGUAAUGCACACCUGAUAAUGUAAAGAAAUGAAGCCAUUUCCAGCUGUUUUUUUUUUUUUACCUCUGUUUACCACUGAAUCUCCAUACCGUCAUUGAGUUAAGUGUGUUGUCAACAAACGCGUGUACUAGCAAAUUUGCUUUGCAGUAAGUGUUGCUGAAUUUUUCUUCUAACAAUCAACAAAUGACACUAAGUGUCACUUGCUUGAGGUGACACUAAAGGUGCCUGUCUGGAAGGAGUAUUACUCCAUUGCCUCGGUAAAGCUGCCAAAGAGUUGAAAGAAAAAGUGAAAAUGAAACUCAUGAUUGCUAAAAUGUGAUGUCAGGUGCUCUGACAAAGAAGAAAAAGCAACAUUGUGCACAUGCUGACACUUAGUUAUUGACUGGGUCAGGAACUAAGUGCAUCAGGGACUCUAAAUUCAUUACUGAAUAGAGAGAAUGUAAAAUUACUGUGCGUACAACCAGAAUUGCAUCAUUAGACCAACUUGUGCUGUUGACUGGCUGUAAAGUUUCUGGAAAUUUGUUGCUACAUUUACCAGCAGUUUUCCAACAAAAAAUGCUUAAAAAAUGUGCUAGUUACUACCAGCAUGGUGGUUUGACGAUCAUGAGAAUGAGGUAUGCACAAUGGAGUUAACGGGCAAUAUAGUUCCUUCUGGCGUUGCACGUCAACCUUCUUGAGGCUAAUUUGCCAUUACAAAUUUAACUUUAUCUCUGAAUGGUAGCAGUAGGCUGUUUUCAUUUUCCGAUGUUUUCAAUUCUGAUGUUGCCGUAUUCGGCACUGUAAAUAUUCUUGGAUAAGUUGAACUAGCUCUCGCAUUAAAGCAGAUGAAAUAACACAUUACUAUGUUAUCAGCCAAGCCAUAUAUAGUCAAUGUGGUACCCAACAUUCACAUGAUUGUUGAACGCUUGCAUUGUGAGGGUGUCCUUCAGUUAUGUCUAUACAAAACUACAAGGAAGGUUAAGGAGUGCGUAUAGCAUGUUAUGCAAAGUUCUAACAUGUCUGGAAGCUCUGGCACAAGCAUGUGCAAGCAUUAAAUAUUAAAUUGCUAGCCCAGAACAAUAUGCCUGGGCAAUGCCAAAUGGUGAUGGUUCCUUUUUUUUUUUUCUUUCUUUUUUUUUUUCCUCUUGUGGUUCUGGAGUGACUGAAGAGUGCAGGCACUCUUGCAUCUUCCAAAGCCAUUGUAAAUUGCUGUACUUUCAGCCUGCAAGCUGCCUUCACAAUCAUCAUUCACAAUCACUUUUUUGCUUUCACAGUGGAUAUUUUAAUUUUUCAUCCUUCAGCCCCAAACUGUACUUGUAGUGGCAGCUUCUCUGACCCACUUCUCCAGGCAACACUUGACCUGCUUACAGAAGACGAGUAGUGCUUGUCAGAUUUUAGUGAAUGCACUUCAGAAACCGUGCAUUAUUUUGUCGUUUAUUCUUUUCAUUAUCAUGCAUUCUAACGAUUAAAUUUAUUAGUUGGUAAAGGGAAGGUGCCUUAUUCUCUGAGCAAGAUUCCUUGCAUAACAUUGUGGAUAGUAUUGAAUGGCAAACAGUGUAUGCAAUGUGGCUUUCGGAUCUUGCAAAAUUUAGGGAAUUUUCACAGGCCCAAGUGUUAAAAGCUAACCUACAUUACUCACCUUUCCUAUGGGGCAUUGUAUUGCACCACCCAUCUGAAAACAGCGCCUCAAAUGAAAAGGGGAGGGGAUUUGCCUGCAGACUGUUUUAUGAAUUUUCAUUAGGUGCAUUUCUUGUAUGCAUGUCUACCGGGUGCGCAAGGUAUUUGAGGACAUGGCAUUGAAUCACCGUAGACAUUAACAUUCUCAUUCUGUCUAGAUACUUUAUAUUGUCUGCACCAACCCUUCUGUGACCUAUCUAGCACAUUUAUUCCAGGGUAUCAGCUUUCAGUCUGACACUGGAGAUAAAGCAGUACAUUGCCCUAGUCACCUUGCAUGCCAACUUGGAGAUUGUCACCUUCUUGAAUGUCUUGAAAUGGUUUGUUUUCUGGGUGAGACAGUUUGUGGCCAAUUAUCAUAUGAUACAAAGACAAUUAAGCGCUGCCAGUGGUCAUUCUAAUUUCUCCAGCAUGUGGAGGUCAUGACGAGUGAGAACUUUGAAAAGUCUAUUAUGGCCACCGACGAUCAGCUUCAGGUGACAGAAUGAGAAACAAGCUUCCUGUGCAUGAUUUUAUUAGGCACCACUUCUAAGUUAUGGAUUUGCACGAGCCCACAGUGCCUGCACCACCCAAGAACGUCUGGUUGUGAACUUCAGCGACCAUGUCACCCUCAAUAUGGCGUCCUAGUUCCGAAUAUCUAAACCUGUACGCCGCUAUGUAUGGCAGGCGUCACUGAGAGAAAGACUAACAAAACAGCCACGCAAUGAUAAGUACUUGCUAAAGACUGUUAGUGUGGAGGCACUGCCUUAACAUCAACGUGCACUAUCUGAUCCGAAUGUAUAGAUAUUAUCGAAGCUGAAUUCAUUCAGUAACUGUGGCUGAAGAUGGUUUUAUUUAAGUCUUAAUAGAAAAGCAGCAAAAGAAAUGCUGAAAAAUAUUUGGAACGAGUAUACCCAAUCUCAUAUGAAAUUUAUCGAUGCCAUUCCUGAAGUCGUCAUUGUACUCAAAUACCUUGCACACUCGGUAUAUUGUAACACUAAAUAUUUGCAGCAGUGUACAGUAUCUUUUUGUGACCACAUGAAUAAAGGGUCUGUCUGCUGUGUUGAGACCAACAUAAAGACUUGAGAGAUAACUGCAAGUUUUGUGUUUGGAUAUAUUGAUGUAACAUGCCUGAAAGCUGAACAUUACAAAAAUGCUAACUCACCACUUAUCUCGGCAUAUCUGCCUAAUUUUCAUUCAAACACCAACAGUUUACAUUAUAGAACUGCUUGUGCAUUUUGCUCAUUAACAUCUUCGAAUUGUGAGUCGGCAAAAUACUGUCUGAACAGGUUCUUUUUCAGAUGUUUCUCAUUUAAACUUCAAUCUCUUUUUUGUUUUCUUGGAAUGGUAGCAACUGCUGUCAUAAGGGAACAGAAGUGAUUGCUGUUAAUAUCUGCAAUAAAGCAUGUAUAAACAAGCUU